AUGUUGCUCAAGCCCGCGACACCCCUCACCAUCCUAUUACUGAUCGCAUUUGCGCUUCUCCUCCUCUCAUGCCUGUCAACCCCCAUUAUCAAGGGAAUUCCCUUGGCAACCUUCAAGGACGUUGAUUACGGAGUAUUUGGAUAUUGUAAAGGCGAUGCCUGCACGAAUAUUCAUGUGGGAUACACCAGUAACGAUAUCAGUAGCACCGGCGAUGACUUCAAUCUCCCCUCCAGCACCCGCAAAUCGCUGUCCUCGAUCCUCAUCAUUCAUCCAGUCGCCGCAUGCCUGACCCUCAUUUGUCUCUGCCUGGCGGCGGCAGCCCACUUCCAUAAGCCCUCCCACUCGCCGCGGUUCCUGUUGGCGCUCCUUAUUCUGCUCUUGCCAACCCUGCUUGUGACUCUCUUGGCAUUCUUAGUGGAUAUCUUGCUAUUUGUACCGCAUCUAGGAUGGGGUGGCUGGAUCGUCCUGGCGGCGACCAUCAUUCUGGUUUCUUGUGGGGUGGUCACCUGUGCCAUGCGCCGGACCCUUGUGAGCCGCAAAGCAAGGAAGCGCAGGAUCGCGGAAAAUGCUGAGAUGAGCGGCGAGAACUACUACAAUCGCCAGAACGCUGCUGUGCCUCCUGUACCAGCUCCCCCUGUUUCUGAGACCAAGGAAGCCCUUGUGACGGGAUCCCCGUCCUUUGAGGCAGGUCCGACGUUCGCGACAUUCAACACAGAGCGCCGGGACAGCGACGAUGACCGCACCCCGCUCAAUACACAGGCCCCUAUGAAUGACGUUCCACCACCCCCCGACCGUCGCGGAACUCCUUACGGCGCGCAAGAUGAGCUGGGCAAUAUGCCAUCCCAAGGUCCCUACGGCGCGGGUCCUAUGACACGCAACCCCUCCGAUCCCCGAAUCCGCCCUCAGUACUCGAAUGGCAGCAUGGGCUCUCAACGGGGUGGUGCGCCGCCCGGCUUCAAUGGACGUGGGCGCGGUGGAUAUCCUCCCAGGGGCGGUUAUGGACGCGGCGGCCCGUACAUGGGACCUCGUGGGCCUUCCCCUGGUCAACGAGGCGGUUAUAUGGGACCUUCACCUCCCCGCGGAGGUCGCGGAGGCAUGUUGCCGCCUCGGGGUCCACCCGCUGGAUAUGCCGUGGCCCCUACUAGCUUCGAUGCAUAUGGCCGGCCCGUGUCACCUCCCCAGAAUGAUCCAUACGGCUAUGGAUCCUCUCCGGGCCCGAUGCGCCAACCAUCUCCGGGUCCAAUUGGCAUGGCCGUGUCACCGGAGACGGUUGGUCAAGCCAUUGAGAUGCAGCCGCAGUCCCGGCGUUAUGAUGCCCCCGAGCCUAGCAAACGCAUGAGCGGUGGUCCUCAUGCGCUGUCAGUUGAUGGUCACCAUGCUCCCCUUGAAAGCCCGACUAGCAUGUACAGUCGACCAGAGUCCUACAUUCCUCCUCGUUCAGGCUGGAAUGCCAAUGACCGUCAGACUUUGUCCCCGCGGCCAAACGAAUCGGCCCAGCCAGCUGCUCACAGUGGUACCAACUACUAUGAAGAUGUGGAUCCGCGUUUCGCUCGUCGACCGUCGCCUCAAAGCGAUGCCCCGGUUCCUUCAUCAUUGAUGCCUGGAGGCCCUCACUUUUAA